GUGAGAUGUUCAAAAUAAGAUCCAGGAAACAAUCGCAGCCAAUACCUUCGGCGGCACCUAUAAUGGUCCCCGAGAAGGAUUUGUUGGACUUUUCUUUCCUAACAACUCCUACCAAUAUUGUGGAGUCCUUCUCCGACGACCUUCUCAGUCAAUUCGAACCUAAGCCUAUUCCUAAAGCUACAGAGCCAAUUACACGACAGCUGGAUAUACAACAGAAGCCUGACGAUGAUUCACCACCCUCAAGCGAUCAAGCGACAGCCACUCCGACUAAAUUGCCUUACAAGUCAACUGAUCUUCAUAUGCUAGUCCUUGAUGAGGCAUUCCAAAGAUUCAUCAACGGAGGUGAUACGCCGAAUUUUAGCGAAGCCUCUCGCGCACCCUCUAUGGCUAGCGGAAAGGGAAUGAACGAAUCUGCAACAGAGGAGCAGGCAACGACAUUAAAUGAAAAGGAUGCCGAGUCCUACAACUUGCUUAGAAAGUCAUCGUCUUUUUUCCGCUCGAAGCUGAAAAAGUUCAAGACAGCAAAGUCUAUGGAUAACUUGAGGAAGCAAAGGACCCAUGAUGAAAACGUACCAGAUCUUCCUAGUCCUCCUCCUGAAGAAACGACGAGAGGCAAAUUUAGUCUGGACGCCGCACGAUCGUUUAGAUUGUCUGCACUUUCACAACACAAAAAAAAUAGCCAUGGCCGUGUCUUAGCGCAAGAAGCGGUCACUCCAGUGGUUCCUUCCUCUGCUGAUGAAACCCUCCAAGGAACCUAUCAAUUGACGACCGUCCCUUCUAGAUUACCUUCUACGGUAUCGGAAAACACCACCAUAGCUAUUCCACAGCAUGGAGCCGCCGCCGUCCAUGCUGCUGCGGUGCCUCAACCUACUGCAAAUGUCACGCAGGCCCCUAUCAUCACCAAUUAUCCUCCAAAGCCACUGAAAUACUCCCCUGUGGAAGCAGCGGAGCAAGGAGACGAAGUAAAAGCUAUGGAUUUUCAACGGUUGAAAAGACAUAGUUCGGCGAAACGAAUAUCACUGCCCAUGAUGCGACACAGAUCCGUGUCGCAAGCCGUCACCAUUGAUAAUAGUGCACUCGAUAUGGCCGAAGUCGCAAAAGCAGCAGAAAGGCGAAAGUCAGACCCAAACAUGGUACCAAUGUCCGGUACAUUUGGACGAAGAGCAAAGUUGUUACAGUCCUACGUCUCGGGAGGAUUGGACAAGACAUUUCAUCGAAGAAGUUUCGCUUGGUCAGAUCUGUCAGAUCAUUAAUGAGUGUUGUGUGGUAUCGAAUUGCCAUGUUGGCCUCCUUCCAGCAUCGCCCGAAAUGGGCUUAAAUACAGCAUGCCUUGCUAUGCCAUGAUGCAGCUAGCCAAGAUAAUUAUCCCUUGCCUAACUCCAGCCAGGUCUCGUAUUCUUUUAUUUAUUAUAUUCAUUUAUCCACCACUCGUACUAUAUGUUCUAUCAGCCAGUAGUACAGAUAU